ACGCCGAAAUCCAGGAAUGGUACAAAGGCUUCUUGAAGGACUGCCCGAGCGGUCACCUAUCCGUCGACGAGUUCAAGAAGAUCUACGGCAACUUCUUUCCUUACGGUGACGCGUCCAAGUUCGCGGAGCACGUCUUCCGCACUUUCGACGCCAACGGCGACGGCACCAUCGAUUUCCGGGAGUUCCUAUGCGCCCUCUCCGUCACCUCAAGGGGGAAGCUCGAGCAAAAGCUCAAGUGGGCCUUCUCCAUGUACGACCUCGACGGCAAUGGCUACAUUUCCAGGCAGGAGAUGCUGGAAAUCGUUACGGCCAUUUACAAGAUGGUCGGCUCUGUAAUGAAAAUGCCUGAGGAUGAAAGCACGCCGGAAAAACGGACCGACAAAAUCUUCCGUCAGAUGGACCGCAACAAGGACGGGAAGUUGAGCCUCGAGGAAUUCAUAGAGGGCGCAAAAAGCGAUCCCUCCAUAGUGAGACUGCUGCAGUGUGAUCCGCAGGCCCAGUAGUCGGACUGCUGAAAAACAACAACAAAAGACCUUUAAUUUUGAGUUGUGUAUAUCAACCACUAUUGUGUGAUCGCGAGGUUAAAACGACAAAAUCGCGGUUUUGCGAUAGAUUUUUUAAAACGAGGUUGUAGAACGUUUUUAUUGAUCCGAAAAAUACUCAGAGACCGAGCACGAUGGAUGAUGUCGGUGUGACGAAGCUUUAGGCUCAUAGUUGAAUUAAAUUUUGCCUUAUUCUUCUGGAUUUUUGUCCGCUCUCUAAACAACGAACUUUCCACUUCAAUCGACCUUUCAAUAUCACUUUAUUUUGUCUAGCUUCGCCGAAUUUGAAGCUUCACUCCUCUCAAUAUUCCCAUUCCUCAAUCUCCAUCGUUUUCGGUCUUUAUACACAUAUAAUGUCGACCAUCCGAAGUGAUUUUUCAAACCGCGGAUUGUUAGCUCAUCCUCGCAUAGUUUUAGAUUAUUAUAUUUAAACAUUAAAUUAAUACGAUAUUGAUAAGCAGGAAUUUUUAAGAAUUCUCUAUUCAGUCAGUUGGGAGAGAUUUUUGAAAACUUUUAAAUUUUUGUAGACAUUGGAAAUAUUCAAUAUUAUUUGGUAUCGACUAAACAUAAGUUUUAAAUUCAUGUCAUUUUCAUUGUAAUUCUUGAGGUUUUAUCUGUUUAUCUUUAAAACUAUUUCCAUAUAGUGAGCUUUCAAAACGAAUGACAUGUUUUCUUUCUAGAGUUUGUUGCUAUCUCGGUAGUUCUCAGUUUUCAUGAAAAAAAUUUCGAAUCCUAACCUAAUUUCUCUAUUAUCACAAAUACACCAUAUUUUCUCAGUCAUGAAUGUAAACAAUGAUUCCAUAUAUCAUGUCUAGAGUUCUUUUCAAUCAAAAUUUCAUUUAUUUAGUGAAAUUUUUUGUGUUUAUCCGCUAUCAUGAGAAUAACCAGAAUUGCAUGUACCAAAAAACGUCAAGAUAUCAUUGACAUUAUUAACAAAUAUGACGAGCAUUUCGGCAAAUCAUCGAUUGAGACGGAACGAAAAAUUGCAAUACAAACUACCAUUUCUAUUCUCAUCAUGAGUUGGUUAUCUGUUAAUAUUGAAAGUGUCACAGGUAGAAUUAAAAUAUUCGAAACAUAACCUCUUAGUGAAAUAAUUACCACUAAUUUUAUAUCCACAUUCCUCUAUUCGAUGUUGUGUUCUUUAACACUUAUUGUUACAUAUCUUCUAGAUUGGACCACGUAAACUACAUUAUUAAUCGUAUAGAACUAACAGUGUAUGCACUUUUGAAAUGGUUUUUGUAAACUCAUGAACCAUAUUUCGAAUAUUAUAAAUCAAUAGAGUGACACUAAGUCGAGUUUCAGAUAUAUUUUCCAAGGUAUGUCGAAUACAAAGAAUACUACUUUUUAAUAAUUAUACAGUAGCAUCUAGGACGUAACUUGGUUUUUUCCUGAUGACCUGAUGAAAUGAGUUUUGAAGAAUUCUUUUUAAACCAAUGGUGAAGUUUUACUAAAACGACUUCAAGUACAUAAUCAUAUUUUAUGAAAGUCACCAGUUUCACUGAUAUUUUAGGGGAUCGGGUGAUAUUUUUCAUAAAUCUUCCUCAACUGACAAAUCUAUGACACAUUAUACUGAUCUUCGACUAUACCCUUACUCUAUAUUAUUGUAACCCAAAUAAUCUUCGAUAAUAUUCGAAUAUCAAUUAAAUGUUACUGUUUUGAAAGUUUUUAUGUGAUUCUAAGGAAGUUAAAUGUAGAUGGUCUAUUUCAAACUGGAGUUUCAUUAUAUAUAAUUGUUAUUUCGAUGGUAAUUGGUGCUUAAAAUGGGGCAGUGUGCGUAUAGUUGAGUUAGAAAGCCCGCUAGAAGACACCUGGUGCCACCUGUCCCAAUCUUCACCUGCCGCAUUUGAAUAUCUCUUUUGAACUGAUCUUCGAAGACCUCCCAAAAUUACACGUCGAGUUCUGAAUCCAAUUUUUUAGAACACAAGUAAUUAUUCAUCAUUCAAAGCGAGUAACGAUAAAUAGUUUUCUGAUAUAUUCGACGAAAAUUUUAGACUGUCAUUAUUGAUCAUUAAAAUGAAGUUAAAAAUCAUGCGUGUUCCUUUAUUCAUCAAUUAUAUCAUUGAUGUAUUCAGAAUAGAAUCGAACUGUUUCUUUGAAGAUGAUGCAAUCUGUUGUUUUACAAAUUGUUUGAUAUUGGUUAGUCCAAUCAUUCCAACGAUAACUGCAAUAUGUCUGGUUUUGUAGUUCAACUAGUAGUAUAACCCUGUUGAGUAGUAUGGAAUAGAGCAUUCCCAAAGAUCUGACGUACAACUCAGAUAUACGACAGACAAGCUGCCCCGAAUUCAAGCGCUUCAUAUGAAUUUCCAGUAGCCAAAUAUCUUGACUUAUUGCGUCAUUCGUGACUAUAUUUUGUUUCAUAAUUGUUGCUGUAGUAACUGAGUUUUUGAAUGAAUCGUCGACCAUUUGUAAGUAAUUUUUAAAACCUAUGGGUUCUGUGGUGCGUAGUUAAGUAGAUUCAUAUGCGGUUUUUAAUUAUAAUUACCGUAAAAUAACACGACUACUAUAGUAACUAACUUUUUUCAAAUAGCUUGUGCCAUGAUGGGCAAUAUACUGAACUAGUUCUACAAUCGGUCACCUGAAAUCUAUGUGAUGAAAUUGGCCGAUACUUGAUGCAAAUUUCAUCGACAUUUGAAAACAUUCAAUAGAAGGGAAGAAUUCAGUUCUAUUUGGUCAUUUAUUGAAUUCGGAGAAUCCCUAAAUUUUUUAAUUCACAAGCAUGCCAGAAUCUAUCUAUUACAAAUGUAAUACCUCAUAAUCGUGCUUGGGCCUAUUCCCCUUCUGUCAAAAAAUGGCUUGCAAAUGUGGAUUUGUCAUUCACAUUCAGUGUUCUUUCAUUCUUUAGAAAAAGGUUUCCCUCGUUUGGCCAAUAUAAAGUUUUGGGCAAGAUCCACAAGUCAACUUAUAUACUCCUGAUGUAUUCGACACUGAAAUUUUGUCUUUAUUGUUUUCAAUUAAUUUGAGUAUUUUUUGCUAAAAUUCGAUAUUGGCAAAACGGUAAAAUCCUUUUCCCAAAGAAUGAAAGAACAUAGGAGGAUUAGGUAAAGAGCUAUUCCACGCAUAUGCAAACCACCUUUUAGCAGGUGGCCAAGAGUUCAAUCAUGGCUAUGACGAAGCAGAAGGGUUUGAAACUCAAACUUUCGGAAUGCUUAGAAAUUAAUAGAAUGGAAAUUACUGAAUGACCAAACAGAAUUUAGUUAUUUUCCUCUGUUUAAUCUGUUUUCUAUUGUGGAAAUUGGUAACUAGUUCAUUACAUGGUCAUUUAAUGUGUUUUGGUUAGUUUAUGAAAUUCGACAAUAUGUGAUGGAAAUCCAUGAUGUGAAAGGUGAAAUUAUAAGUCAUUAAGUAGGUAGAAGGUCAUAUAAUUCAAAUUGUCACGUAGCGUAAUAAUUAGGUAGAAUUUAUCCACUAUGAACACGCCUGGGGAAGCUGUUUCAUAGUGAAACACGUUAUGGUUUGGUAAAGUGUCCAGUUGAAAUCUUGCUUCUUGAAAACGUUAUGAAUUUUAUGGAUUUUCAUAAUGGACAAUUCCAAGUAUCGGACAAUUCCAUCACGAGUGUUCUCCUAUACUUUCAAUAAAAAUGUUCUGCUGAUAUGGUUCUAAUCCAUCAACCUAUCAACAUGGUGCACUCCUUCUUUCAUCAAAAAUGAGUUCAUCAAUUCAAUUAUAAAUUAUUCAACGACUUACCCACUGGUAUAUGUUGAUUACAAUGAGUUGAACAAGUCAGUUACCUUUAAUAGCUGCAAAACACCGCCUAGCCUUCAACAAUUUCAUCGUUUUUCUGCAUUGAGGGAAAUAAGUAAGGUUUACAUCCCAAUUAUAUCGAGUUUAAUUUGUUAAAAUGUGUGCAAAUUCAUAAUUUUUGAUAUUUUGCCAUGCUUAAUAGUAACAUUUUUAAUAUUGUAUUAUAAGUUUGCAUGCAUUCUGUCCGAUUCAACUUGGUGUACGGGGAAUAUAUGUUGGUUUUUAUCUCUAGAAAGAGGAAACAAUAAUAAUAGAGACUCAAAAAACUCAAAACCCAAAUUUUAGGAUUUAUGUGAAAAAAGAGCGCCGAUUUAUGUUCACUUCAAUCCAUUUCACAGGUCUAGGCAUUGAGUCGCUGUGAAACCCUUUCAACACUGCCUAGCCUCCAACUGUUUUAUUGUUUUCAAGCAUUGAGGUAAAUAACUGAUGAAAUUCGUCUGAUCAAAGAACACGCUUGACGGUUUUUCAGUUAACCAGCCAUCGUUCCCAAAUAAAUGAUGACUUUACAAAUUUGAUCUAAGAGUUUAUGAGGUUCCAUCUUACAAUUCUCAGCACUCAUCAGUAUUUAUUUCACAGUGUGUUUUUCAAUACUUGGCAUUUUUUCUUGAUAGAAAAAAUAUUUAAGACUGAUAUACAUCUCAGAUUGUGGGAGCUCUUUUAGCUAACUUCAGCUACUUCAUUUUUAUGAAGAGGUCAAUAAAAAUUAUGGAUUUGAUGGGCGGUCAUUACUUUAUUCUGUGUAAACUUGACACUGAUAGUUCUAAGAACAAAAACAACAGAAUCACAAUCACAACUUGUCAGCUGUAUUCUAUAUAUGAACAGACUGUGUUUCGUUCGUCAUAUAAGGAAAUAAAUCUCCUUGGUAUUUUGAGAACCAAGCUAUAUUAUAAGGUUUGUGGGUCAGUUGUCGAUACUAAUUUAUGGGAGGUCUUCCUAUACCUGCACCUUCUUUCGAUUUAAAAUAAGAUGUGUUCGAUAAAAAAUAGUGUAAUAAAUACCAGCAUUAAAAAUGAUGAAAGCAUGGCCAGCUGCAAAACCUAAGAAUUACUAUUUUAACUGAAAAUAGCCUACAUUUUCGUAGGUACUUGUUGCUUCAAUUAUCAUUCAUUUCGUCGAUUAAUUAUGGUCCAGAAAUUAGGAACUGCUGCUGAUGAUACAGCGGACUUAUUUUGGCUGAAUGACUAUGUAUGAUUCUUCUACAACGUGCAAAAAGGCCUAAAAUUCAAAAAUGUGAAGAAUACAAUAGAUCUAAUCGUUUAGUCUAUCAAAAUUAGUUUUGUACUGCAGGCCGUCCAAAAGGCCUUAGACACAAGCAGUGCGCAAGCACACCGAACAUGUCUUGAUCUUCCCUAAGUCUUGCGCGAUUGUGGUUUCGAUUAUCAAUCAACUUACUUGUCUACAUAUAAUAUCAAAAUAAAAUUUGCUGAAUCAAAUGUUAA